AUGAAUGAAAAAAGUGAUUUACAUAAGAGAUCAAUUGAAUUUACAGAUAAUGAUGAAUCAAAAAAAAAAAUAAAAACAGACGGAGAAGAAAAUGAUAUAUUGGAAAGUAAAGGAAAAGAUUCUUAUUCUUUAUAUUUAGAAUAUCAAAAAGGUAGGAAUAAAAAAUUAAAGAAUAAUGAAGAAUACAUUGAAUAUUUAAAAAAAGAUGCUAGGAGAAAAUAUUUAAAAGAAAGAGAAAAAGAAAAAUUAGAUAUAACGAAGAAAUUAUUAGAUGAUGAAUUAUUAUAUAGUACUGUAAAAUUAGAAGGAAAAGAUUUAAAAGAAUUACAGUUUUCUAAAAAAAUAUAUAAUAUAGCGAAAGAAAAUAUAAAUCUAAGAGAAAAAUUACAAGAAGAAUCAUAUUAUUUUCAACAAGAUAUAGAUAAAAAUAAAAAAACACAAACAUAUGAAAACAACAAAGUAGAUAAAUCAUUAUAUAAUUAUGAUGAACAAAUUUUAAAUAAAGGAAUACUCAAAUUUGGUUCUUCAAUUUCAAAACAAAAUAUACAAAAACAAAAUAAUAAUGAAUUUGUUUUUGACGACGAUAUUAUUACAACUAAUAGAAAAAGUAUAAAAAGGGAAUCCUUUGAAGAGAAAAAAAUGAAUGAGUCACCAACAAAAAAAAAAGAUGACAUAGAAAGUGAUAAUAAGUGUGAUAAGGACGAAAAAUAUGAUAAGUAUGGUAAAUUCUAUAAACGUGAUAAACACCAUAAACACGAUAAAUACGAUAAACACGAUAAAUAUGAUAAACGCGAUAAAUAUGAUAAACACGAUAAACAUGACAAACACGAUAAACAUGACAAACACGAUAAACAUGACAAACAUAAUAAAAAAUACCAUUCUAAAUAUAAAGAAAUAAAUACCUCUUAUGAUAUCAAUAGUCCCACCGAUAGUACUUAUAAAAGUGAAGAGGAAAGCUCCUCAUCAGUGGAUAAAAAUCAUAGAAACAAUAAAUAUGAUAAUGACGAAAUAAAACAUGAAAAAAAAAAAAAAAAGAGUAUAAUGACAGAUGAAGAAAGAAAUGUUGAUAGUAAUAAGAGAUCCUUUGAAAAAAAGGAAUCCGAAUUAAAUGAAAAUGGACUUACGGAUGUUGUUGAAUUUGUACAUUUAGAAAGUUUUUAUGGUAUGAAUGAAAAAGAAAAAGAAUUAGAAAAACUUUUUGAAGAUAUAAAAAAAAGAAAAGAAAAGAAAAUGAAAAAAAUUAUUGAUGAAAGGAAAAGGUUACCUAUAUAUAGUUAUAGAUAUGAUAUAUUGAAAGCUAUAAAAAAUAAUAAAAUUUUAAUAUUAGUAGGUGAAACAGGUAGUGGAAAAAGUACACAAUUAACUCAAUAUUUAUAUGAAUGUAAAUAUCACAUGUAUGGUAAUAUUAUUUGUACUCAACCAAGAAGAAUUGCAUGUAUAGCUAUAGCAAAUAGGGUAGCAGAAGAAAUGAAUGUAAAAAUAGGUAAAGAAGUUGGAUAUGUAAUUAGAUUUCAAAAUAAAACAAGUGAAGCUACCAAAAUUAUGUAUAUGACAGAUGGUAUGUUUUUACGUCUGUUAUUAUAUAAUCCAACAUUAGAAGAUAUAUCUGUUUUAAUUAUUGAUGAAGCACAUGAAAGAGCUUUACACACAGAUGUUAUUCUGCCCAUAGUAAAAGAUAUAUGUAACUUUAGAGAAAAUAUUAGAGUUGUUAUAUCUUCAGCUACUUUAGAUGCAGAAAAAAUAUCUACUUACUUUAAUUGUGCACCCAUUUUUUAUGUACCAGGAAGAAAAUAUAAUGUAGAUAUAUACUAUACAAUAAAUAAUGAAAGUAAUUAUAUAUCAGCCAUUGUAAUAACUAUAUUACAAAUACAUAUAACUCAAGGAAAAGGGGAUAUUUUAGUAUUUUUACCAGGACAAUAUGAAAUUGAAUUAGUACAACAGGAACUAGAAAAUAAAUUAAAUGAGCUGGCUCCAAAAUAUCGUAACCUGGUCAUAUUACCUAUUUAUUCCUCUUUGCCUGUAGAAUAUCAGGCACGUAUAUUUGAAGAUGUUACUGAAGAAGACAAUAUGAAGUUUUUAGAAGAUAUUAAUGAUAAGAAGGAUGAAAGUAAUAAAAACCAUAAAGAUGAUGAAAAUGGUGAAAAUGAAAAAAAUAAUAAAAAUGAAAAAAAUGAUAAAAAUAAUAAAAAAAAUGAUAAAAAUGAAAAAAAUGAAAAAAAUGAAAAAAAUGAUAAAAAUAAUAAAAAUAAUGAUAAAAAUGAUAAAAAUAAUGUAGGUAAUAAUUCCAAAAUGAAUGUAUCACAAAGUAAGAAUAAAAGAAAUAUUAACGAAGAAAUAGAAGAACUUAAAAGAAUAAAUACGAAUAAUAAAAUAAGAAGGAAAAUUAUUUUAUCAACAAAUAUUUGUGAAACAAGUAUAACUAUAGACAAUAUUGUAUAUGUUAUUGAUUCAGGUUUAUGUAAACAAAAAAUAUAUAACCCUAAUUCAGGUAUAGAAUCUUUAGUUACUCUACCAUGUUCUAAAGCAUCAGUGAAUCAAAGGACAGGUAGAGCAGGAAGAAAAAGAGAUGGGAAAUGUUUUCGAUUAUUUACAAAAAAAUCAUUUAUUGAUUUAAGUGAUAAUUCAAUUCCUGAAAUACAAAGAUGUGAAAUUAGUAGUAUGAUAUUGUUAUUAAAAAGUUUGGGUAUGGAUGAUAUUAUUAAUUUUGAUUUUCUAGAUCCUCCUUCUCCGAUUGUUAUUAUUAAAGGAUUAGAACUUUUAUAUUCUUUAGGUGCUUUAAAUGAUGAAGGAAAUUUGACUAGGACAGGACGCAAAAUGGCAGAAUUUCCAACAGAUGUAAAAUCAAGUAAAAUGAUUUUAUCCGCUGCAGAAAAAUAUAAUUGUGUUGAUGAAAUAUUAAAUGUUGCAUCCAUGUUAACACAUGCUAAUAAUAUUUUUUAUGUUCAAAAGGGUAAAGAAAAAGAAGCAGAAAAUAUUAAAAAAAUGUUUAUUAUUGAAGGUGGAGGUGAUUUCUUACUCUUUUUAAAUAUUUACAAACAAUGUGAAGAAAAUAAUUUCUCUACCUCAUUUUGUUAUGAUCAUUUUUUACAAUAUCAUACACUUAUUAAAGUUAAAGAUGUGAAAACACAACUAUUAAGUAUAUGUGAAAAAAUUGAUAUACCCAUUACAACUUGUGGUAUUGAAAAUCAUGAAUCCAUAAAUAAUAUUAAAAAAAGUAUUGUCAGUGCAUUUUUUACUAAUGCUGCUUUACCUGUUAAUAAAACUGAACUCAAAAUUAUAAAAUUAAAUCAAGUUGUUAGUAUAUAUCCUAAUUCUGUUCUCUUUAAAAAAAAUAUUAUGGAGGAAAAUGAAAAUGUGUGUAUCAUUUUUUAUGAAGUUAUUAAACUAAAUAAAUCAUAUAUACGACAUAAUAUACCUGUAAAUAAGAACUUGUUAUUUCAAAUUGCAGACUUUUAUUUUCUUAAUAAAACGGAAUAA